ACGGAGAGGGUUUUGAAUCCACCAACAGUUGCUUCUUCGGAGCGUAAGAAAGAAGGAAAGCUCUCUGCCAUGGCGGAAGAGGUUGAAGAGACGAAGGCCCAAGGGGGCGGAGAGCUCAAGGCGGCGGAGGAGAACGCCGGCGAGGCCAAGGUGGCGGCAGGGGCGGGUGUCUUCACCUCCAUCUCCCUCAACAUCUGGCCCCCCACGCAGCGGACACGGGAGGCGGUGAUCCAGCGCCUCGUCCAGACCCUCUCCACCGAAUCUGUUCUCUCCAAGCGCUACGGCGUCCUGUCCGCCUCCGACGCCUCCGAUGCUGCUCGCCGCAUCGAGGAGGAGGGCUUCGCCACCGCCUCCGCCUCCGCCGGCGGUGGCAGCGCCGGCUCCGUCGACGAAGGGAUCGCAAUUCUCGAGAUCUAUUCCAAGGAGAUCAGCAAGCGGAUGCUCGAGACCGUCAAGGAGAAGGCGUCGUCGGCCUCCGGGUCCACCCCUGCGGCCUCUUCUCCUCCCUCCGCUGGCGGUCCCGCCGUGGAGACUGCUCCCCCGACUGUGGCCGGUGAGGAAAGCUCCCACUCUUCGCCUGCUUGACUGCACUUCGCUUUAGAAUAAUGUGAUGGUAUCGCCUCUUGUUCUGCUUACUGGAAUCUUGACCUGGAUGAAAUGGAUUUGGUUAUCUGCUAGGUGUUCUUGCACAGGGAUCAGUCUUGCCAUAUAUCUCUAGGUUUUAAAGAUUGGGUCAGAUAGUCUGUUGUUCUGGUUUGGUAUAUGAUGAUCUGUGGUAUAUGGUAUUUGGUAUAUGAUAUUUUCAACAUUUUGGAAUAUCUGAAUAAUUGCUUUGUUAUGCUUAACUAUCUGAUUCCAGUAGAAAUCUCAAAUUACUUUGGAGGAUUUGGUUUCUUGAAU